AUGUUCGAGAUACCCAUUGGUUUUGAAGCUGAUGAGCAGAGCGACCUGCUGGAUGGUAUGCAGCUGGGACUGAAAAGGUUAGGGCUGCAUGAACAACAAAAGCUGCAGCAAGACCUUUGGGAUCAAUCCAGCUUGGACGAGGAGCCGGACACUUGGACCUUGAAGGAUCAAGUCACGCAGGUACGGGCCAUACACGAGCAAGCAGACCAGGUGGAAGAUGAUCUUCGACUGUUGAAGAGCAUGUCUGUGGAAACAAAUGUUGGAGGUACGGGCGCUCCUACUGAUGUUUUUCCGGAGGUGUUCUUGCAAACAAAGACAAUUCAGCAAGCCCAGGUACUGCAGGAGCUGCCAGCGUGGACACCAGCGGUGAGUGCCGAGUAUAACACGAUUCGCCAUGAGAAGGCUGCAAUAGAGCCAAUCACCGAGCAGCAAAUCCGGGUCAUGGAGGAGGACGACAGCCUGAUUGUGAAGAGGAUUCCGGCAAAAAUGGUGUUCACAAGAAAGGCGGUCAGUGGACAACGCAAAGCGAGGGCAUGCGCUUGCGGGAACUUUCUCCAGGCCGGGGAGAGCAGCAAAACAAAGCAGGAGCUCCGUGAGGAGGUAUAUGCGGCUGGUAUUGACAUUACUGUGCUGCGUACCAUGCUUGCUGUGGGGGCUCGUCGUGGCUGGAAGGCAGGAACUACGGACAUCAAGGGGGCCUUCCUGAAUGCCCCACUACUUCAGCGGACCAAAACCAAAACAGAACGCAUCAUUUUGGACCCGCCGAAAAUCCUGUCCCGAGCUGGAAUUAUCCCUCCGUAUGAAAAGUGGUUGGUGACCCGUGCAUUAUAUGGAUUGGACAUUUCGCCUAAGAGCUGGGCAGUGUUUCGAAAUCAACAACUUAAUGGCCGAAGAUUUCUGAGUGGAGGAGCAUGGCAGGCUUGUCGCACAGAUCAAAAUUUGUGGAGAAUUUUAUCCGAGGAUGGAAAGUUGUGCGGCCUGGUUUCCAUCUAUAUCGAUGACAUUUUGGGAGUCAUGGAAGAUGGGGUACUACAAUCGUGCUUCAGCGAUCUGUCGCAGCUCUGGGCAUGCUCUACACCACAGUACGUGGCCCAAGGUUCUGUUCGUUUUUGCGGAUUCGAUAUAUCGGAAGGGUCUGAUGAUCGCCGUGGAUUUUUGCUCCGGCAAGAGGCGUAUAUCGACGAAAUCUUGGAACGAUUCGAGAGCGAGCAUCAAGGCAGCCUACGAACCUCCAGGGAGAUGGAUCCUCUGCAAGUGAAGCUGGCCCAAAAGCUGAUUGGUGAGUUAAAUUGGAUUGGAACCCGUACAAGACCUGAUAUCAUCUUUGCCAUCAGCAAGGCGGCUCAAUGCAUUACCAGGGAUGCUGUUUUGGCGGUGGAAGCAGCAACUCAAAUCUUCAAGUUCCUCAAGGCCACAAAGGAGGAAGGCCUUCGCUAUGUGGCCAACCCGGAUUCUUUCGGGAAGCAUCAGGAGUUAAGGGUGCCUCGAAAAGAGGCGUUGGUGGAAGUUUUUACAGAUGCCAGCCACGCUCCCGAUGCCGGACGUUCCCAAGAAUGUGUACAUGUUUUUGCUGCAGGCCAAUUAAUCGGUUGGUCGUCCAACAAGCAAACUAUGACCAGCCUCAGUACAGCAGAAAGCGAACUGUGUGCAGUGUUGGAAGGGGUAGCUUAUGGUGAGGGAACCAAAUGCGUUUUGGAAGAAAUCUUGCAGGUUCCUGUUCAGGCUGUGAUCUACUGCGAUAACGCGGCUACGGUUGCCUUAGUCACAGGGAGCUCCAACCUUUGGCGGACCCGAGGGUUAAAGAUUACAAUGCGAUAUUUGGCAGAUGUAUCACCUUGA